AGACUCAGGCAGAUAGUAGGCUGUGCUUGCAAAGUGCCAGAUUCACAGCCACAUUCACAUCCAACUGACUAACUGAAAAAAUGAACUUUCACGUGCUAUCAUGGCUGCUGUUCUUCCUGGCGCCAGGAGGCUGCCCCAUCUACAGCAUCAACGUGUCCACUCAGGAGGUGCCCACUAGCGCUUUUCAGAACGAGAUGACCCUCCACACGAUGAUCAGCUCCGAGCUGCAACAGUUCCGCGAUAACAUAAACGAGGCAGGCUCUUCGAAGAACAGGAACUUUGUGUCUAAGAUUUCCAAGGAACUAUCCAAGGCAGCACGAAGCCCGGUCACACCAGAGACUGGUGCCACAUUUCUGGGCACCAAUCUCUUCGAUAGCCAACGCAAGACCUGCUUCUCCGUGGAGGAGAUAGCUUUGAUGUCCGCCCGACGAACUUUGGAACAGCUGGUGCCCAAGUCCUUUCCCAAUUGCAUGCUCAGCGAUAGCGUUGUCCACAUGUUGAUCCGGUUCGUGAAUACAGUCAACCGAAUCGUACAGGAGAUGUCGGACGAGGGCACGCGCCGACUGCCGCAGCGAGCCUUCUAUGACGCGCUGGGCGGAUACCUUCGCCACCACCUGGUGCCCGCGGCCCAGGUUUCCUACUACGGCGGCCGCCUCAAGCUGAAAACCAUGCAGUGCUUGCUGAAGAUCAAGCGGCAGAGCUAUGUUGUCCUCAACACGAACGGGAAUGCCUGGCGGUCUCCGGCCAAGGAUAUAAUGUGUCAGUUCAAGGGCUCCAAGAUUGAGCCGAUCAAUCUGGAAGGCUCCAAGUUCGAGGAUGGCGCCGCCAGUUGUAGCCAGCUCGAUCAGAGCAGUGUAUCGCAGGAUUUGGAUCAGGGACAGAUGAUUGUGCCGCUGCCGCAGCUAGAACCGGUGGAUAGUGAGGGCUACCUGAGCAACAUAUUCCUGCCCUUCCGACAGCGACGAAUCUACAACCUCCGGUCUCCUACCUGCUCCUGUGUGUUGGUGCGUUUUUUCAAGAUCGUCACCAGCUGCCACCGCUUUCAGGGAAAGAGCCAGGCCAACUACAACAACAAGCUGCUCAAUUGGAUACGGGAGAACGUGCACUCGCACUACAUAGACGAGAUGUUCUACCCGGGUCUGGGCGGAAUCCUGCGGAUUCAAGAGACCCUGCUGCACCUUGCAAAAGAGCAGGAGGACUGCAAAGACGACGAUAAAAGCUGCUACGCCGCGGAGACGCGUAAGGUGAGUCGCUCCGCUCGCGCCUGGCAGGAAGAUCCAGAACAAAACCAAGAGGAACAACAGCAGGAUGUGGCGCCUGACGAACAGGAGAAUGGGCCAGCCCAUGAUCAGGAGCACGAGGAGUGCCGCGAAUGCGAGAGCAGUAGCUCGUUGAUCUGGUUCAUUGCCGCCCUCCUAGUGCUGCUUCUACUAAUCAUCUUGUUAGUCAUCUGCUGCUGCAUGCGACGGGGCAGAAAGCGGAAAGACAAGGUCAAGUCUUCUCCCAGUGAUGUGGAGGCACCACCGAGCUCGAAGGCCCAGCGACCCAAGAGCACUAAGGAGCAGCCUAAGAGCCCCAAGGAGCAACCCAAGGAGCAACCCAAGAGCCCCAAGGAUCAACCCAAGAGCGUCAAGGACCGAUCAAAAGCAGGACAGAACACCUACUAUGGUGGACAUGAUGACCAAGGUUCCACCUCGUCGUUGAACUGUCAGCUUCACAAAAAAUGUUUGCCAACCAAGUUCUCCGUCAAGAAAGGAAACAGCUACUACCGCAUUAUCUCCGAGGAAAGCUCUCCGCAAAGGCAGCUGGUGUCCUUGUCAUCAAACCAAUACGACUUGACCCCGAGCUCGGAGAUCGGAGGCAGAGGGAGUAAGCGAAAUCAGAAGCAACGCAAAAGCAAAGAGAACAAAAAGAAGGUGCGAAAUGAAGGCGGGUCAAGCCAAAGUAGGACGGUCAAAUCCUCAGUGGAUAGAGAGGGCUCACCACCACCGGAAAGGCGGAAAGCCAGCAGAGUGAAGAUCGUGGAUACAGACGACUCAUCCUACAAUCCUCGACGGCAUAUAAAGAAACCAGAUGAGACAAGGCUGAGGGGCGGCACUCCGUCAUCUCUCCAUUCGAUCAAGGACACUCCCAGCUGGGAAACUACCUUUGAAGACGUCUAAGUGGCUGUGACACGGAGCACCACUGAUUUCAUUUUCGUUACAUUAAUUAUAUUUUUUGUUAAGAUUAAAUAAAAGCCCUUCAGUUAA